UACAGAUAGAAAUCCUGUUUAACCAGAAGCAUCUGUUUUCUCGAUACCUUGAACUCCAAUUCCAAAAAAGCAGAAUGUGGGAGCUGCCAGUCUCCUGUUACCUCAAAUGUUUGGCUUUUCCUUUGUUGCCACCCAGUUCAUGAAAAUUUGUUCUCAUGGCAUUAUUAGUGGUUGCCAAUUAUAGCGUUGUAUCUGCUUUCAAACUUUACAAGUGAGUAAAGUUCUAUGCCUUUUUGGUGCCACUUGGCACUGACAUGUCAGACCAGUUUACCUUAACAUUUAAUUUGUAGCUUUUGAGUGUAGCUGAAAACAUCCUUUAUAUAAUUCAAUUGGGUAUAAAAUCACCACUGUAUUGUUGUAUUGAUUGUUUUCUUACUGGAUUGUUAACAUUACCUAGCUUAGUAGAGAGCAAUAGACUUUUUAAAUGUUCUGGUCAGUUCAAAUGAGGUCAGAGAUCUGCAAUGUAAAGCUCAGCAGAGCAGGAGUGACAUGUAGCUACAGAAAGUUUAAUGUUGUAAAACAUUUAAUAAUGAAUAAUCAGUUAGCAAAAUUCUUUUUCAUUUUACCAGUUCUUCACAAACCUGAACAUGGUAGGAUCACUGGAAUAAGGCCAGGAGGCUGUGGCUUAGACAGUGACAUUCUUUUAAUAUUUAUCAUACAUUUGGUUGCCUGCCUGCCAGUAUAAAGCAGGCAGUGACAAGCCAGUUUCUGCUUAGAUGCAACUAUAACCUUGGGUGAAAUGUUCUUUUUUGGAUAUCAGGGGAGAAACUAAGUCACACUUGUAUCACUUCUACAAAAUGUCACAGAUGAGGGUGCUGGUGCCUGACCUCAACAUUAUCUUUAACCUUUCUGUCUCCUGCUUUGUUUACAUUGCUUACAAGUGAUAGUCCUGGAUUGAAUAUAUCAUCAAAGUAAAAGUACAUAAUGCAGAAAACUGGCCUUGUGUUACACAUUUUGUUUUAUUUCAAUGCAUUAUUAUUAUUAUUAGUUCAAUGUUAGAUUAAAAAAAAAAAACAGACUUGUUUUGGUUGCUGUAGUUGCUGAAAUAUGGAUUGACAAAAAACAUUUCAGUACUGAUAAUGUUAAACAAAGGGAACAACCAUUAUCAGCUCUGUGUGACAAUGGUAAACAAAAGGAUUCCUUUAAUGCAAGCCACAGGUGGAAUGGCAAAGACAGUUGUCUGGGCAAAUCCAGUAUUUCACCUCUUUAAUAGGACAAUCAGCACCAAACAUCAGCAUCUUUGUCAGCAUCUUUGUUCUUUUGUCUGUGAUAUUCAGCCUGGAAUUCAGAUAUGGGUUUGGUCAACUGGAUGGUGGAGCAACAUCAGUUUUUAAUGCAGCAGUGUUUUUCACUUCCAUUUGCACUUUUGUUUUAUUUUUUUGCAAACCGUGGAUAUCUGUCCUUGACAUACAGGUACCUGUUUGUUUCUGUUGGAGGAUGUCUCCUGGCAAUUGUCACGAUGGGCAUCUAUAGCACGCUUCUGUUCGCCUCCACCUUUGUCUUUAUUCUGCUCGUGGCCUCUGUGGAUCCAGGCUUUAUCCACACCUGGGUGUUUGGUAUCCAGAUGUCGUGGCAAACCUUCUGGCACCUGCUUAUACAAUACAGGGAAUACUGCCUGCAUGAGCCUGUCAGCAUCAGAUUGUUUUCUGCAGUGUCCUCUUUGAUGCUGCUCACUCAGAGAAUCACUUCAUUGUCCAUGGACCUCCAGGAGAAACGAGUCAUGAGGGGUCGUGUGACGCUUCUUCCUCUUAUCAGCUACAUCCUCAGUUUCACCACACUGCUUGGUGGGCCUCUGUGCUCCUACAGCCAAUUUGUGUCCCUUAUGGAAGGAAUAAGCCGAAACCCUCCACCCAGUCCACUGAGUGUGAUAUUCCUGAAGCUGGUACAGGUGUUAUUGCUGGAGUUGGUAAGGUUUUGUCUUGUCUAUUUCAUAAAACAAAUCAUCUAUGAUCCCUCCUCCUCCACUGUUCUUUGUGGUGUGCUGUGGGUUUGGGGUCUUGCACUGGUUUUGAGGAUCCAGUAUUACUCUCACUGGAGGAUCAGUGAAUGCCUCAAUAAUGCAGCUGGGUUUGGAUUUUGCGAAAAUUCCUCAGGAAACUCACAAGACUGGAGCGGACUAUCUGAUGGAGAUGUCUGGACCACUGAGGCGUCGAGCUGUAUAUCAGAGUUUGCCCGUCGAUGGAACGCCACAACAGCUUCAUGGCUGCGCAGACUGGUGUAUGUGAGGUGCAAACAGUUCCCAUUGUUCAUGACUUUUGGUUUUUCACUGUGGUGGCAUGGUUUGCACUUGGGUCAGUUUGUGGGGUUUUUGACUUGGGCAGCGACAGUGAAAGCAGACUACUAUAUACAUAGGUACUUUCAGGCAAAGAUUUCUUCAACAUGGGUGAAGCUACUAUACUCUUGUUUCAGCUGGAUAAACACUCAAAUGACCGUUACUUGUGUUGUUAUAGCUGUAGAAUUAAGAAAUAUGUCCGGCUUGAGACUUUGGUCUGUUACAUAUGUGGGUCUGUUUCCACUUUGUAAUGUAAUUCUACUUGUUAUCUUAAAACUCAACACAGUAAGGUAGACUAAGGUAGUCAUGCCAACAAACUCCCAUACCUACAUGUAACUGUCUUUUUCUGUCUUUGAAAUAUAUAAUUGGUCAUUAUGUUACUCUCUAGCAUGCGGAAUGCUCGGUUGCAUUUAUUUUCUUUGUUUGUCGAGUCAAUAGUUUUGUUGAAUUGGGAAAAAUAAAAUAUUGCCCCUUUGAGAGUUCACCCCUUUGAAAUUAGAUUGCAUAUACGAACGAGCUUAUAAAGCAGCAGAAACUAAAGAUAUGUAUGCAGUUAUGAUUACAAUUACAAUAACAAUUAUAUUACCUUAAUUAUAUUUCUUUAGAUAUCUUCAGAUAAGAAGCGUCCUAUUUGAAACACAGAAACUGGAACACCCUCAGGAGAUCAGAUUUCCCCAUCAAACAAUAUUUGGUAAGAAUUCUUCUUUAGAAUUUUAGAGAAUAAACCACAGGUAAAAAGGUGAAUGCUGGAUAAACCCUGCACAUGUAAAUUUUGGCAUGGAAAAUUUGAAUUACUCUGAAGUUAAGUUCUGAAGUUCUCUAGAGAGCAAGUGAAUAAAGUGUUCAAAAUAGCUGCAUUAUUCACUGCACAGCAAUGGAUGUUAUUCAAAUGAUUCCUUGUCUGUAUUAACUUCAAAGAUUAUUGCUAUGCUUCAGCCACUGCUACUAAAAAGCAACAAUAUUUAAAAUCUUGGGUUCUCUGUUUGCAUGAAUCAACGUAAAGUGACAUUUUUGAUAUUUUGAUAUUGAUAUUUGAUUGAUUUUAUCCUCAUUGAUUCUUAAGCUUGCACUUAAAGCAGGCUGUAUGGGUGAAUGUGACUGUUCUCACCAACCAGUCACUCAUGUAGAAAGGGAAAUUAAACAUCCACUUAUUUUUUCAACAGCUGGUGUACCAGUGACUUACAGUCACAUUCAUCAGAGCAAUCAAAUGAAUGAAUAC